AUGAUCUCUAUCAAAUAUCAAUAUGAAGACUCAGAAGAAUUAAAUAUUUGUGAAUAAGCAUCGAAUUCCUUUCUAUUAUUCAACCAAACUACUUAAAGCUAAGAAACUAAUGCCACAAUUUCAAAAACUAUAAAAAAAAAAACUCAUUCACGAAGAAAAUGCUAUAUUUAUGGAGACAAAGACAGGAGCAGCGCACUUUACAAAUACAUAAAAGAAAAAUAAAGAAGCUAUUUGGAUUUAAAUUCAAAAGCCUAUAACUCCACAUUUACUCCAGAGGAAGAUCGAAUACUGUUACUUUUGGUAAAAAAAUUAGGACCUAAAUUUUAAAAGAUUACCAAAUACUUCCCAGGAAAAACAAUGAAUAUGUUAAAGAAUCGAUAUUACAAAAGUCUUAAAAACUCAGAAGCUUCAAUAAUCCCAAAAGAGAUUGAAGAGGAACUUGUUGUAAAAAAUAAGUAUAAAAGAAUAAUGGGGAAAAAAAUCAUUAAAGUUUGGCCUGAAGAAUAAAGGAUUUCAGGUAUCAUUGAUAAAAGUGAGCUUUUCUCAGAAGCAAAAGAGAGGAUUUAAGUACUUUUUUAAGGAUUUACCUAAAUAAUUACAAACUUAAUGAAAAAUAAAUGA